AUGGACAAGGCGAAGGGCAAGCAGGCAGAGCUCAAGAAGUUGAGCGAGAUACACCAGAGACUAGAGACCUGGAGAAGGGAAUUGCCGAAAGAGUUAGAACCGAAGGAAGGUGGCCUACCCUCGAUGCUCGUUAUGCACAUGUUCUUCCAACUUCUCUACAUCCACCUCUUCCGUCCCUUCCUCAAAUACAACCCCAAAAACUCUCCCCUCCCCGCUCACGUCUCCCCUAGAAAGCUCUGCACCCAGGCUGCCGCCAUGAUAUCCAAACUCCUCCGCCUGUAUAAGCGAUCGCACGGCCUCCGCCAGAUCUGCAACAUCGUAGUCUACAUCGCACACUCGGCUUGUACCAUCCACCUUCUGAACCUCCCAGAAAAGAAUGCAAAGCGCGACAUCAUCCAUGGCGCAAAGCACCUCGAAGAAAUCGCUGAAGGCUGGCUCUGCGCGCGGCGAACCCUCGGCAUACUCAGUGUUCUUGCACGCCGCUGGAAGGUCGACCUCCCCGACGAAGCCGCCACAGUGCUUGCCCGUACCGACUCAAAGUUCGGCCCCUGGACAGACGUCACUACGCCCAAGCCAGUGAAGCGCGACUCCUUGCCUGAGCCCGAGCAGAAGCCCGCUGUAGACGUAGACGUAGACGUAGACGUAGAUACUUCCCCCGCGUUCCAACCCUACGGCCUGUCCCUUGCCAACACCGCAUCUCAGUUCUUCGACCGCACAGGAAACAACGUUAGCAUGUCUGCCAUGCAAAACCGCACCACAGAGGCACCUCCAAUCGACGCCAUCCCCACGUACACACGCGCACAACGCGGCUCACUCACCCACUCCGUCGCGACACCGGUCUCCACAAACGGCACGCCCUCCACACAAGGCGCCUCGCCAUCCCAGCUUUUCGGCGGCGUCGAGCAGCUCAUCCGCGAAGGGCAGGACUGGUGGUUGCGUGACCAGAACCAGUUGGCCUUUGGGUUUGAUAAUUGGAAUCAUGGAAUUGAGGAUAUGGCGGGUUGGUUUACCGGGCAAGGAGGUGUCGUGGGGAGUCCCACAAUGGUAAACCCAGGGGUAGCAGCCGCGGUCGCCGGCGCGGGCGAUGUCAUGAAUGGGGGCCCGGUCGUGACGAAUGGGAACGGAGUGGUGCCACAGGGGAUGAACGGAGGUGGAGGGGCACAAGGGGUCUUUGGGGCGGGGCUGAAUGCGUAUAAUGAGCAGGAGUGGUAUCAGUAG